CUGUCAGCGCGGGACUGUCCUCGCGGCGUCAACGAACUGAUCGAAAGAGAGGUUACAGAAGUCAGAGGUUCGACGAGCGAUGAGAGAGUGACGACGAUGAAGGCGGUGUUUGUGAUUUUCGUCGCCAUCGGCACCAUUUUUCUGGCACUUGAGAGCGGAAUUGCCAUCAAGUGUUUUGUGUGCAAUUCUUACCACCAAGCAGACUGUGCCGAUUGGUUUGAUAACGUCACACAGCACUUAGUUCAGUGUGAUGAUGAUCAAAAUAGAUGUCGUAAAGUUGUCCAGGAAGUCUGGAUUGAUGACCACUGGGAUGUUCGCUACAUUCGCCAGUGCGCAAAGGAUGGUACAAUAGGUCCUUACCAAGGUCGUAUAUGUCAGGAAAGAUAUGGCUCCUACAAUGUGCGCAUGCGCUACUGUCACUGUGACAACCAAGAUGGCUGUAAUUCUGCUCUAUCAACUAAAAUGACACCAGGUUCACAUCAGUUAAUGCUUUUGAUGCUAACUUUCUUUUUGGCUCUUUCUUUGCCACAUAUGCUGAUUCUUCGGAGAUGAUCAUCUUGCUUUUCUGUUCUCCUUUUGCUGUUGGCAAAGUGUCUGGUAGAAUGUGGUAAUAUCAUUUGCUUUUCUACCGAUAUGAAGGACUUUUAUUUUGUAGAAUGUGGAAGAUCCAUAGUUGCACUUUCUUCUUCCUUGACAAGUUGGUCUUGAGCAUUAUGUUCAGCAUGCUCUAGCUGCUAAUGAUCAUUCGUGAUAUUGUUGUCCCUUGUCACUCUGGUUUCAUUUUAGAAGUUGUCACCAAAUAAACAUUAACUCCUUUGAGAAGGAUGUCAGCAGAUAAACACCAACUAUUCUGAAAAGCUGUUUUUAAAGUAUAGAUAUGAUUGUAGUUGGGUGGUACAAAUUGUUUUGCAAAUUUUACCGUAUCAUUUCAUACAACUCUCAUCUUUAUUUUGAUGAAAACUAAUUUUCCCUUAUGAAUAUGGAGUUGUUUUGGUAUCUCACAUAUCUGAUGAAUUAUUGUGACAGAAAAUUCUUGUGCAUAUUCUAAGAAGCAGUUUGUGUGUGCAUGCAUGUGAAUAUGUGUGUUAAUAAUAUAAAACUGGCUGGAAGAGCAGCAGGAAGAGUAAUAAUCAUUUGAAUGUGAUGCUACCUUUGAGUUUUAAAUUUUUUUCUAAAUAAUAAUUCCAUACAUUUAUAUUUUUGCAUAAAGUACCUUGAUACAAUUAAAGGAACAUGUGUCCAGUAGGACUUGUGUGACACACCAGAAAGUAACAAUCCCUGUGAAUUUAGAGAGAUAAUAGUGCAAAUCCAUUUCUUCAACACAUCUGUUUGAUGCUGUUAUGUAACACUGAAGAGUUUGAUGGUCAAGAUGUCUGUAAAACCAAAAGGGAACUUGAAGCAUCCUUACAUGUUCAGGCAAAUCCAUUCCUUUUAGCUGUUUCUUGAAGUGUAUCUUAUGUCCGCUUUUUGGACUCAAUUUUGGCAUCAUAGAGGCCUAGGUAACUCAGUGUACUUAUUUAUAUAUAAAUGAUGUAGCAGUUAUUCCAUAUUUCUAUACUCCAAACAGACCACACAUUUGGUGAUUUAUAAAGAGGCUCAACAGUUUUGAUUUUUCCAGCAUAUCUUUGUCAACAUUUACUUUCAGUGGCUCCACUUGAGAAAACAUUUCUUUUGGCCUUGUUUUUUUAUGUGUAUAUGCUUAUGUGUUCAGCCAAAGUAUUUCACCCCUACUCCUCACUAAAACAAAAGAAAAAGUCUGUUGACAAACAAUUGAAAGGAUAUUUGGUGGAUUUUUGUAAUAUUGUUGACAAAAUCUGUCGAUGAGAAGAAAGACAAAAAUUACUGGAUGCACAACCUUUGUAAGACUGCUUUAGGAAUCAUGGUUUUUCUGUGAUAUCAGAUUGACCCUAUCUGUCCUAGAAAUCAUUUUGAUUCCAUAUUCCAAAGUCAUAUGUUUAUGAUUUUCAAAGUCUUUAGAUCUCUGCCAAGAUAAUUUUCCAAUGAGUGUUUAUGCCAUUAAAUUUUUGUGAAAGAUAUUUGAAUUCUGCCCAUCCUCUCCUAUGGAGAAGUUCCCCUCAAAUCUAAAAUUAUCAAGGUGAUGCUAGAUAACUAAGCCUGUAAUAUUAAAUAUGUACGUUUGUGUAAACACUUCAUAAUUGUUCAAUGAAGCAUAGCAGGUUGUAGUACAAAGAGCAUUUUUGAAAUUCUAUAUAUGUGCAUCUGUUCGCUUAGUUUUUUUUUUUUUUUUUUUUUUUUUUAAUGCUAUAUCUGUAACAUUAGCAGGUUAAUUUUGAACUAGCUUUUGUAUGAAAAGAAGUAUACUCACUUUAUGUUUCCAUCAAACUCAGGUCAUUGCAUUUCUAGUAAUGGUAUAUGAUUUAGUUAUGCAUUCAGUUGAAGCACUGAAAGGAUUUGUUUAUUCCCUUAAGUUGACAAAAGUGGGAUGGUGUUGAUAAAUUAGCACAUGGCUUGUGCUUAACUUUAUGUUACACAAGGUAAACAUCAUUGUCAUCACAUGUCCUUUUACAGAAGUUUCAGAUGUAAAGGAGCUUAACUGUCUUGCAUAUCAUCUGCCCUGUGUAUGGUACAGAAGCUGAUUGUUUUUUUCAAAAUUUGAGUGCCAUUCGCAGUCACAUCAUUGUCUUGAUUGGUAAAGGUUUAAUAUGCAAACAAAAGAGACUAUUUCAUAUCAUUCAUCUGCUUUGUGAUUGAAAUUACAUCUCAUUUUUACCUUGCAAUUAAGAGCUGUUGACAUAAUGUCAGACCUACAGGGAAAACAGUUGCUAAAAUAGUUUUGAAUGUAAGAAACAUAUUGAAGAUAAAACCAGUGCAUAGCAGUGAUUCAAACUAUUGUCAUAAUAAUGAAACAGUCUGCAGAGUCAAAACAGGGCCUUAGACAAUAGCACCAUUCAAAUCUUUUGUCUCGCUGACAUCAUAUGCAGAGAAAUUACUGGCUUAGUGAUGGAAAUAUCAACUUGGUCUCAUUUAACGUUGCCAGGCAUCAUCAUUUGAAACAUAGCAAUAGUUUUUUUCUUGCUAAGAGGUACUUUCAUCUUGACCCAAACAAAAAGGGUUAACAGAUAAUCUGGUAAUGCUAAUAGCAAAUGAAUGGGAAUGCAGUGUAAUUGAUCAAAUGAUGUUUGUCUAACAAACUUCCAGUUAAACAUUGUGCUUGGUUAAAAAGUGGAGCAGAAGUAUGGCAUGUUUUGGGGCCUUAUUUCAGAAAUGUUCACAAGAAUAUUAUACAUUGUACAUUUGUAAAGUAUUGCUGUCUGUACAUAUACAAGCAUAUACAAGAUGGUUUUGUAGGAAAUCUUAUCAUAACUAUGUAGAGUUUGGCCCACUCAGUUAAAUCACCAUGACUCACAUUACAGAUUUGAAAAUAUCGUCUGAUAGUUUUCUAGAAGUCGCUGCAGUAUAUUCCUGUUCAUAUGCACUGACAGCAAAAAUAUUGCACAAAAACAACCCACCCAAAUAAUUAUCUGAAAGUUGUUGCUCAGGAGCUCAAAUAAAACUAUGAAGAUCAGUAGAGAAGUAAAACUUGACAAACAUUCAAAAAAUGUUGUGCAGAGGUCGUGUAUAUUCUUAUAAAUACUGUAUUACACCAUGCUAUAGUCACACCAGUGUACCAGGUGUGUGUGUUUGAUCAGUAACAAGAAAGCCUUAUCAUUUAUUUGGUUCCAAAAGAACGCUGUAUCAAAGUGUCCAAAAGAUAUCCACAUCACAUGUAUGUUUUUGACAGAAAUCCCCAGCAGCUAAACUUAAAGCUGUAAUGUAUCCAGCCAAGGAUAUACAAUUCUGUCUCUAGAAAUUAUAACUACAGUGUAAUCUAAGGGAGGUAGAGUACUGGAGACAUUCCACGGAAUGUUCUGCGGCCAUUUUGUCAGCGUCCGUGGAAAUGACCCUCCAGGCAAUCCAUUUUUCCCCCACCAUUUUUAUAUUUUCACUUUUAAAUCAGGAGUUCCAUUGACUAUCGGCUUACACACCAUGUUUUCAUCAUUUUUAACAGUUGUAUAAAUUUGUAAAUAAACGUUUAUUGAUCUGCUAAAGUACGGUUUAUAUUUACAAAGAUAUUUGUAAUAAAGAAAUAAAAUCUGA